AUAGGAGAUUUUUCUGAUUGGCCAGAAUCUGAUCAGACUGGGUUUGGUUUCUGUGUCUUUAGAUUUUCUUCUCAGCUUGGUCCUCACCAUUGCUCUACAACUCAUAACAGCAGCUGCUGAGACCACCUUGAAAAGAGGAUGAUCCUAAACAGAGCUCUGAUUCUAGGGGCCCUCACCCUGAUCACCCUGAUGAGCCCCUGUGGAAGUGAAGACAUUGUGGCUGACCAUGUUGCCUCCUACGGCAUAAAUGUCUACCAGUCUUACGGUCCCUCUGGCCAGUACACCCAUGAAUUUGAUGGAGACGAAGAGUUCUACGUGAACCUGGAGAAGCAGGAGACCGUCUGGCGGCUGCCUGAGUUUGGUGAAUUUACAAGUUUUGACCCGCAGGGUGCACUGAGAAAUAUAGCUAUAGGAAAACACAACUUGGACAUCAUGAUUAAACGCUCCAACUCUACCGCUGCUCCCAUAAAAAUUCCUGAGGUGACUGUGUUUCCCAAGUCUCCUGUGAUGUUGAGUCACCCCAACAUACUCAUCUGUCUUGUGGAUAACAUCUUCCCUCCUGUGAUCAACAUCACAUGGUUGAACAAUGGGCACUCAGUCACAGAAGGUGUUUCUGAGACCAGCUUCCUCUCCAAGAAUGAUCAUUCCUUCUUUAAGAUCAGUUACCUCACUUUUCUCCCUUCUGCUGACAAUAUUUAUGACUGCAAGGUGGAGCACUGGGGCCUGGACAAGCCACUUCUGAAACACUGGGAGCCUGAGAUCCCAACUCCUGUGUCAGAGCUGACAGAGACUGUGAUCUGUGCCCUGGGAUUGACCAUGGGCCUCGUGGGCAUCGUGAUGGGCACUGUCUUUAUUGUCCAAGGCCUGCGCUCAGGUGGUACCUCCAGAUCCCAAGGGCCAUUAUGAAAAGAAGGUACAUUGCCCAUCUACAAGAGCAGAAAAGUGGAUAUGCUAGAUGACCAGCACUAUUUUCUGGCCAAGUUCAUCAUAUUCCUUCUUUCCUCCUAACACUCCUCCUCUGCACCCAGAACGAUCUCUGGUGCUAAAAGUGCUACAUCCCCCUCAGAUCUCACAUACCCCUCAGAAUUCUCCCUCAACCUCCUGAAUUUUUUGUUACUUUCUCAAUUGUUACCUAUUAUGGGAUUCUCAGGGUAUCACAUCUGAUUCCUCGGUGACUCUGAGCUAAUAUCUCCAUGGAAGCAAUAAAUCCCCUUUAUGAGAUCUUUA